CGCACAAUUGGCCCAGCGUCAUUAAGGUUUGGCCAGGGUAGGCCGUCAUUGUAAAUAAGAAUUUGUUCUUAAAGGUUAAAUAAAAACUACAAAAUCUCCAAUAGUAGAGGAUGGAGUCCCACCAAUCGUGACGUCAGAGUCCGCGAGCUUCCACCCACUGUUCUACAGUCCCGGUUCAUCAUUUACAUAUCGCGGACGAUAGCGCACCAUCCAGGGUUAGCGCAGCCCGAACCGAGUCCCUGCAUCAGUCAUGGCGGCGCCGUUAGCCCACUUCGACGAAGACUGGCAGGAUUUCAAUGAAUUCAAGGCGGCCUCUGGGUCGCCGAACCGACUGGACCAGCUGAACUCGAACAUGGCUGACACGGGCCUGGUGGAAGAUUUCUCAGACCUCGACAGCUUCUCGGGGGACAUAUGCAGCUUCACAUCAAUGGAGGACCUUGUCCACGACUUCGAUGAGAAACUGACAGUUUGCUUUCGAAAUUACAACACCAAGACUGAAAACAUAGCCCCCAUUAAACCUAUCACAGAAGAUAAUUUCCUCAAAGACGACGAGGUGUGGAAUGCCCUGACAGAUAACUAUGGCAACGUGAUGCCAGUGGACUGGAAGACAUCUCACAUUCGCUCCCUGCAUCUCCCCACACUCAACCUCUGCAAGCAGGGGAAGCUGGACAACAUGCCUCUGGACCUGUCUGAUGAUGAGGAGCUGAGGGAACAGAUGGAUAUGCACUCCAUCAUUGUGUCCUGCAUCAAUGAUGAGCCGCUCUUCACUGCAGAGCAGGUGAUUGAGGAGAUUGAGGAGAUAAUGCAGGAGUCUCCAGACCCAGAGGAAGAUGAGAGCCCGUCCCAAACAGACCUGUCCAUGCUCUCCCAAGACCUCAGCAACCUCAAACGCUCCAGCUCCAACACCAGCUAUGAGGACCGCUUGCGUCUUCUUUCGUUCUCAGAGCUGAGCGAGGCCUUGGAGGAGGUGGAGACUGCCAUCAGGCGCUACAGUGAGGAGCUGAUCCAGGCCCUUGCCCUGAGAGACGAGCUGGACUUUGAGAAGGAGGUGAAGAACAGCUUCAUCUCGCUGCUCAUCGACGUGCAGAAUCGGCAGAAGGAGCACCGCGAGCUGCUCCGCAAGAAGAAGAAGAUCAGGCCCACAGGCAGCGCUCAGAGGGCCGACAGGACACAUGUCCCUGGGACGCUCUUCACUAUGGAAGGGCUGUCCACUGUCAUUCAGAACGGCCUCCGUCAAACUUUCGGCAUCACAGGAGGGGACAAACAGUAUCUGACCACAGUUAUCCCAUAUGAGAAGAACGCUGGCUCCCCCUCUGUGGAAGACCUUCAGAUCCUCACCAAGAUUCUGCAUGCCAUGAGGGAGGACAGUGAGAAGGUACCCAGCCUCCUAACAGACUACAUUCUCAAAGUGCUGUGUCCCACAUAGAGCCAGUGGAGGAGCCACCAGUUCUACAACACUGAACACUCCAGGCAUAAGCACCUUUUUUAUUUUAUUUUAGGUACUCAGCUUACUGUCCCUGACCUCCAGGGGGCCCCCAUUGAUUUUGUUAGUC